GUCGCGGAAUGAAUCAGUGUUUUGUGCGUCCGACGGCAGACAAAGCCCCCCAUAGAGAAGAAGAAAGCGAGAAGGAGCAAGAAAGAGGAAAAAAUAGCCCGGACGAGGCGGAUUGAGGGAGAGUGUGGAAUGCGAGAGGCAAUUUGACACAGGAAGUGGGUCCCUUCUCACUCUGCUGGAGGACAAAGUCCCCCCUCACACAGCAGCACACAAGCUGGCAGGUAGAAAACACUCCUGGAGUAGAGGAGGUAUUUCAGGUGUGUGUGUGAAAGGAUGGGUGAUGGUAUGGCGGGUCACCUUCCCUGGUGGAGGGGAGGAAAUGAAAAGGAUCACGGUUCAUAUCCGGACCUGCAUUCAGAGGCCGGGUGUCUGGAGGGACAGACGUGGUCGCCAUCCAUCGAUGACGAAGGCUCGACGAGAGACGAGUUCUACGAUGAUGAGGAUCUCUACUCGGGCUCCGGCUCUGGCUUUCCUGAGGUCAGUGUGAGGCCGACCUCAGUGGGUGUGUCCUUCACCACAGAAGAGCCCCUCCUCCUCUCGACCACCCAGGCCACAAGCCCCGCCCCCUCCGCCUCACCUGCGGCCGAGCCCAGCCCCAUCCCCGAGGAGCCCACCGCCACCCAGCUGCCCACCGAGGCAGAUGGAGAGAGCGGUGCAUUCUGGGAGAGAGAGUUGGAGAAGGAGAAGGAGCUGGAGAUAGAGAGGCAGAAGGAACUGGAGAAGGCCAAGCAGCUGGAGAGGGAGCGAGAGAGGGAGAGAGAGAGGGAACGGGUCAGGGAGAUGGAGAGAGAGAAGGAGAGAGAGAGGGAGAGGGAGAGGGAACGUGAGAGGGAACGAGAGAAGGAGAGGGAGAGGCAGAGAGAGAGAGAGCUGGAGAGGGAGAGAGAGCUGGAGCGAAUCAGGGCCGCUGCUGCCGCCCAGACCACCGCCGCCCCGAAGACCCCUGCUGCCGUCCCCGUGGUGACCACCAACCCCACAACCAGCUCCGCAGAAAGCGCAGCGCCCUCGGCCGGUUCUGAUGACGUGAGCACCACAGAAGAAGAAGAGGACGUCUACCUGUCCCCGGAGCCCACCUCGAUGUACCCCGGCUUCGACAUGGAAUCCACCACAGAGGAGGACACCACCACCAUAGCAGAGACCACACCUGAGGCCACAACAGCUGCUCCCACCACCACCACCACCACCGUCAGAACCAGGGUCCCCUUCAGGCCCAGGGUUCCGAUGACAACCGCCACUCAGGUGAUGCCAACGGAGAGAACGACCAGUCCACAGCAGCCCACAACCACACAGGAGAAUAACAAUGAGGUGGGAGCUGCAGGACCAAGUGGAGAUUUCGAGAUUCGCGACGAUCGCCGGAACGAUCUGGGUCGAGGGAUUCUGCCUGUGGAUCCUGAUCUGAUCGGCAACACGGUGGACGCGGGAAGCUCUGCCGCGCAGCUGCCCCAGAAGAACAUCUUGGAGAGAAAAGAGGUCUUGAUAGCCGUGAUAGUGGGAGGUGUGGUCGGCGCCUUGUUCGCCGCCUUCCUGGUGAUGCUGCUGGUGUACCGGAUGAAGAAGAAGGACGAGGGCAGCUACACGCUGGAGGAACCGAAACAGGCCACCGUCACCUACCAGAAACCAGACAAGCAGGAGGAGUUUUACGCAUAACACCCGUACGCCAGAGAGACCGCCCACCGAGGGAGAGAGAAAGAUGGAGAGAGAGAGAGAGAGAAGAGAGAUACUCUCAGCGCCCCCACCUCCUCCUCCUCCUCCUCUUCUUUGUUGCUCCAACGUCAUCUGCUCGCCUCUCCUCAUCCCUCUCUCCUCUCGUCUCCAAAACACUUGAGAGCGCCUUUCUCUCUGCGGACUUGGAACUUUCUUUUCAAUGAAAAUGAAAAAGAGGACAAAAAAAUCCAAAUAUAUUCUGAAAAAAAAAAAACCACAUACACACAAGAUGUUUUUAAAGUAAAUGUUGUUAUUAAUAUUCUACAGAUUCUCUUGUUCUGUAUGUAAUGAUAUGAUUAUUUUCUAAAAAAAUCAACUAAACAAAGCAAAACACAAGCGCUUAACCUGUGUUUUCCAGCACACAAAAGUCCCCCCUCUUCGGUUUUUAUGGAGCGACUGAAAGGCUUAAAGGAAAGAGAGGAGAGGAGAGGGGCGGUACGAGCUGAGGGAGACACAAAAGAGAGAGAAAACAGAGUGAUGGGCUCGACCCUGCCCCUCACCCCCUCACCCCCUCACAAAUAACACUUAGAGCUUCUGGUUGGCCACACAGAGCCAAGGGUCAAAGGUGAGAGGAAGGGUCUCUUUUGUGCCUUCCAUCCCUCUGGUGCUCAAACUCACACAGGCAUACAUCCACAUAAACACACUUACACGUACGCACAUGUACACACACACACAGACACACACACACACUGGUAUCUGCUCGAAGGUGGCUCUGGCCUCUCUCUGUGCUCAGCCAACCAGAAAACGAUGCUCAACCCUUGGCGUGUUCCACAGCGUCGAGGAGCAACUGUGGAAACACCGGCUGGUCGCGUCAAGGCUCGCUCCACGGCCCGUCUGCUCCUCUAAGCUGUACAAAGAAUAGUUAUGGAUAGUAAUAAUCAAUAAUAUAUCAAUGUUUUGGGCUGGAUGGUGAACAAUAAUACCGUGAUAAUAAUAAUUAUGAUAAUAAUAAUACUUCAACAGGAGGAUGUGUAUUUAGCAGUUUAAAAAAAAAAGUUUAUAUGUAAAUAUUGUAUCCUUUCUGACAUCACUAACCAUCUGCAUGACCACGAAGAGUUUUUAUUCAUCACAUUCGUCUUCACUCUAGAUGAGCUGUGCUCUCGUCAACCACACACACACACACACAUGCAAAUAAACACAAACACACACACACACAUACAUACAUACAUACACAAACCCACAUCAACACACCACAGACUUUAAAUAUACUGUAGAUCAUAUCAUUCAAACACAUAUCAAACCCAUCGUCAUCAUCAUCAUCGUCAUUGUGAUAGUCAUCACUUUUGAUACGAACGCGAUCGGGUGGUUUCAAUAUGUUAUUGAUUAGUUGUCAAUCAGUUGCUGCGGUUGGUUUAGAGUUUGGUCUGUUUGUAUAAAAGCACAACUAUGUUUUCAGUCAUCACGUCGUCCGCCAUCACGUCAUCCGUCAACCCCCCCCCCCCAAACCCACACACCCUUUGCAUGCCUCACUUUGUUUUUUCUUCCACCAUUGGCUCUCUGUGUGGGGAUGGGAGGGGCCACUGGGAAGCAUGAGGGGCUUUAACAAAUCAGGAAGUGGGAAUCCGUGCAGGAAGUUGCUCACACGUGCACUAAUUCAGUCAAAAAACUUAAUCGUAGUUAAAGGAUUGGUUUUGAGUGGUGGGGGAAAAGACUUUGAAUCAGUGUUUAUGGCGUCAACUGAAACCUGCAGGACCAAUAUGGGGACCGGGUCAUGGGUCAUGGGGAUUGUGAGGAGGGCUGUGCUUCUAUCUAAGAGAUUGUAACAAUAACCACACCAGUGUGACUGGGCUAGUAGCUUCUAUUAUACUCAGUACUGUAGAACAAAAAUGCAUGGGAGUCAAAACUAUACUAGUCUGGGUGUGAGUGGAUGCCUGUGUGUGUGUGUGUGUCUGUGUGUUUUUGUCCGUGUGUGAUAGAAAAAGAGGGUUAAGUUUAAGAUGGAAUGUACUGUGGUCGAGAGUGUGUUUACCUACCCCAGCAGUUCUCACGCUCUUCCACAGACAGGUAACACACCUCUUCUACUCCUGUGUGGAUUUUGCCUGCCCCCUCGCCAGUGUGAGAAUACGUGCGUGUGUCUCCACCUCAUCUAAACCCACCACCUGUGUGUGUGUGUGUGUGUUUGCGUGAGUGUCUCACCUCGGUAUUUCACAGCAGACUCUUGUGUACACUGACUAGCCUGACGACGUGUGUGCGUGUAUGCGUGUGUUUAGUCUGUUCACUGCUGAAUGUUGGGCAGCUGGUCCCUCACAGUGGCUUUCACACACACACUGACUGUGUCUUCUCACUGUCUGUCUGACUCGGCCUGUCUGUCUCUCUGCAACGGGGACAGACGGACAGGCACCACGCCACUUUCUCACAGGCAGGAAUGAUCUUAACACGUACUGUCUUUUCUAAAGUGACUGUCAAAAUGUAAACGUGUGUUUGUACCCAUAUAAGCCUGCGUAGCCAAAUAAGAUGCGUGUGUGUGUGUGAGCGAAUAAGAACGGGUGGAUUUGUAUGUGUGAGAGUGUAGGUGAGUGUGUGUGUGUGUGUGUGUGAAGCCUAAUGGAGGCUACACUACUCUAUGUUUGCUGUUCCCAUUCCUGUUUUUAUACAUUUGCAUUUUUUUAAGGCUGAGUUUCUGUCAUUGGCUGAGUGGGCGAGAGGAGGCGGAUCCUCCACGCCACCGCCCUGUCACUAAUCUGCCACUCUGUUCCAAAUAAAAAACCUGAUUGGGUAAA